AUGGCCGAGCCCCGCCAGGAUUUUGAAGUGAUGGAAGACCAUGACGCUCAGGGGGGCUACACCCUACUGCAAGACCAUGACGGGGACGUGGACCAUGGCCUGAAAGGGUCUCCCCUGCAGACCCCCGCUGAUGGUGGAUCUGAGGAGCCAACCUCCGAAACCUCAGCUAAGAGCACUCCGACGGCCGAAGAUGUGACAGCGCCCCUAGUGGAUGAGAGAACACCUGGCGAGCAGCCCCCCUCCGAGAUCCCAGAAGGAACCACAGCUGAAGAAGCAGGUAUUGGAGACACCCCUAACCUGGAGGACCAAGCUGCCGGACAUGUGACUCAAGAUCAUCCUGCAACAGGAGGCCCUUUGGAGCCCCACCAGGAGUGGGGACAGAAGCCCACUUCCCCCUGGGAUCAGCUGCAGCCCGAGAGUAUCAAGGCUGUCCCUGAAGACGACCUCGGCGAGCCCACCGACCUAGGGAGCCUGGGUCUCACUCAGCAGCUGGGGUUCCACAGGCCUGAAGGCCCCCAAGAGGCCCAGCCAGGGACAGAGCCCAAGGACACAGAGAGAGGCUCCUGCGGCCUCGAGCGGCUGAAGCCCCAGCUUUUGGAAGACCUGCUCCUGGUGGGGCCCCCUCUGAAGGAGGAGAGGCUGGGGGGUGAGAAGGAGGUGGACGAAGACCGCGACAUCGAUGAGUCCUCGCCCCAGGACUCCUCUCCUUCCCAGAUCUCCCCAAAUCCACAGAUCCCCCCAACCCCAGCUGGGCAGGCCCCGCAGACAGUGUUCAGAGAAGCCACUGGUCUCCCCGGGUUCCCAGCCGAGGACACCACCGUCAUCCCAGGCACUCUCAACCCCGAAGCGUCCAGCACAGGGCCAGCAGCCGAGGGCCACGACGGGCCCCCCGAGUUCACCUUCCAAGUGGAAAUCAAAACCAAGGAAUCGGGGUGCUCGAGGCUGGAUGUGGAAGGGCCUGCACUUCCAGGGAGCCCUGGAGAAGAGCAGGUGACCAGUGGCCCCUCUGCAGGGCAGGACACUCUGGAGGCCCACGUUCCAGAACCUUCUGAAAAGCAGCGUGUGGCUGGCCAGCCGGUGAGGCCCGUCAGCCGGGUGCCUCAACUCAAAGCUCGCAUGGUCACUAAAAGCAAGGACGGGACUGGAAAUGAUGACAGAAGAGCGAAGACAUCCACACCUUCCUCUGCUAGAACCCUGAAAAAUAGGCCUUGCCUUAGCCCCAAACGCCCCACUCCUGGUAGCUCAGACCCUUUGAUCAAACCCUCCAGCCCUGCUGCGUGCCCAGAGCCAUCUUCCUCUCCUAAACACGCCUCAUCUGUCACACCCCGAACGCGCAGUUCUGGAACAAAGGAGAUGAGCCUCAAGGGGUCAGAUAAAACUGGUACGAAGAUCGCCACACCCCGGGGAGCUGCCCCUCCAGGCCAGAAAGGUUCAGCCAAUGCCACCAGGAUUCCAGCGAAAACCACGCCCUCCCCAAAGACACCGCCUGGCACUGCUUCUAAGAAAGUUCAGAGAAAACCACCCCCUGGAGGGGAAAAAUUGGAGCGAGGUGAACCUGGAAAGUCGGGGGACCGCAGUGGCUACAGCAGCCCCGGCUCCCCGGGGACCCCUGGCAGCCGCUCCCGCCAGUGCCCGCCCCUGAAGGCAGCCUGCCCCAGGCGCCUCUGCUGGGGCCUCCUCUCCCGCCUGAAGGCUGUGCAGAUAAUUAAUAAGAAGCUGGAUCUUAGCAACGUCCAGUCCAAGUGUGGCUCAAAGGAUAAUAUCAAACACGUCCCAGGAGGCGGCAGUGUGCAAAUAGUCUACAAACCUGUCGACCUGAGCAAAGUGACCUCCAAGUGUGGCUCCCUGGGCAACAUCCAUCACAAACCAGGAGGCGGUCAGGUGGAAGUGAAAUCCGAGAAACUGGACUUCAAGGACAGAGUCCAGUCCAAGAUCGGCUCCCUGGAUAACAUCACCCAUGUCCCUGGCGGAGGGAAUAAGAAGAUCGAAACCCACAAGCUGACCUUCCGGGAGAACGCCAAAGCCAAGACAGACCACGGGGCAGAAAUCGUGUACAAGUCGCCCGUGGUGUCCGGGGACACGUCCCCACGCCACCUCAGCAACGUCUCCUCCACUGGCAGCAUCAACAUGGAAGACUCGCCCCAGCUCGCAACACUCGCGGAGGAGGUGUCUGCGUCCCUGGCCAAGCAGGGUUUGUGA